UUGCGCCCGGGAAGCCAGCUCCGCGGCGGUGCCGCAGUUGCUAAGGAGAAUGCCCUUCCGGGUCACGGGCGCGGCGUCACAAGAACAACGGUGGCCGGCCGGGAUCAAGAGCGACGCGCGUGUGAAUGCGUGGCGGGGCUGUGAUCGUCGCGGUCCCGCGGCCGUGGGGGCCGCGUCGCCGGGGGCAGAGCCGCCGCAGCUGCGCUGGGCUCGCCUCCCUUGGGGACCGGCGGUAGCCGGUGCCGCUGACCGAUGCCCUCUGAGACAGCUUCCGGUUCGGCCCAGGCCCGCUACAGCCCCCCGCUCUCCGGCCAGCGACCCGCCCGCGCCCUCCCGCCCCUGCUCCUGGCCCCGCCCGGCCCGGGCCUCCAGCUUGUGUUGCGCUCGGUCGGCUGCCACCCCGCAGUCGCCGCCAACCCUGAGGCGUCCCAUGCCUCUUCUAGCGCCCGGGUUGGCCGUGCAGGCCUUCCCUGUGACAGGGUUUUGCUCAUUCGUUCAUUUACGCCACGCUGCCCAAGGCUCGUGCGGAGCUGGCAUUGGAGAGAGAGAGAGAUGGGCAACCCAGGCGUGGUCCCCUGUCCUCAGAGUGCACAGGCUGCUGGGAGGCAGUGACCUGCACACUGGGAUGGGCGAAGAAAAGGAAGCUGCGGCGGCCUGCCAGAGGGGGCCCCGAGAUGGGCCGGGGAAAGCUGAUGGAGACCCCCAUCAAGUCAAAGGGUAGGGGGAGACUGUUUCAGAUAGAUCUCAGCAGCUGCAAAUGGCACCCAGCAAUUAAUACACUUUAAAAGAGAAAGAAUAGCAUUAAACUCACCAAACCCCAAACACUUGUACCUUUGUUUUGUUGGAGAAUUCAUGGCAGAGGGAUUAUAAGACAAGAUUUUAUUUUUCUCCUGUAUCUUGCCACCUGCCAGAUACCAGCCUCAUAAGAUGCUAGUAUAAAGGAAAGGGUUCUCUCAUGUUGAAAUUCUGAUACACCAGCAAUGCAGUUUAGCACUUAAAAACCAAACUGCUGGGUUCAAAUACAACUCCUCCAAUUACUCACUGUGUGACCUUGGGCAAGUUACUCAACCUCUCUGUCUCCAUUUUCCUACCUAUAGAAUGUGACUGAUUAUAGUAACACCUCCUAAGGUUGAUAUGAGAUUUAAAUGAGUCAAUACAUGUAAAGUAUUUAGAACAGUGCUUGGCACAUAGUUAAUAUAUAUGUUUGCUAGUAUUAUCAUUUAAUAAAAAGUUAUCCUUAACAAUAGUCACAUACACAUCACCUUGUAGGUGAUGGUCCUGACGAGCAGCUUUUAUUCUUUCUCUUGUAGCAGACACUGUGGCCUACAAGAUCUUUGGCACUCUCUCUUCCUAAACAGAACCCUGACUUUUUUUUCCCCCCAGAUAACAACAUUCC